AUGGCAACUCAAGCCAACGGAAUCUUUAGCUCCGCCAUAACAACCGCCGCAACCUCCGGCGUAAAAAAGCUCCACUUUUUCUCAACAACCCACCGUCCCAGAUCCCUCUCCUUCACCAAAACCGCAAUCCGCGCCGAGAAAACAGAGUCCGCCGCCAAAGCCCCCGCCAAAGCCCCCGCCAAGAAAGAAGAAGCUCCGGUGGGAUUCACGCCGCCACAGCUAGACCCGAACACACCGUCUCCGAUCUUCGCGGGAAGCACCGGUGGUCUUCUCCGAAAAGCCCAGGUCGAAGAAUUCUACGUUAUUACAUGGGACUCGCCGAAAGAACAGAUCUUUGAGAUGCCGACAGGAGGUGCGGCGAUCAUGAGAGAAGGUCCGAAUUUGCUGAAGCUGGCGAGGAAAGAACAGUGUUUGGCUUUGGGGACAAGGCUUAGAUCCAAGUACAAGAUCAAGUACCAGUUUUACAGAGUUUUCCCCAAUGGUGAGGUUCAGUAUCUUCACCCUAAAGAUGGAGUUUAUCCGGAGAAGGCGAAUCCGGGAAGAGAAGGUGUUGGUCUGAAUAUGAGAUCGAUUGGGAAAAAUGUUAGUCCCAUUGAAGUCAAGUUUACUGGGAAACAAAGUUAUGAUUUCGAAGUCCCGAUUGUUCCCGAAAUCAACGUGAACUUCCAUCUCCCUUGUCAUCUCAUCGCUCCUUUUGAUAGACUCCUCGUCUCCAUACCCACAUUCGACGGAGAUAGGAUCGCCUCGUUGGUUGAUCGUUUCUCCUCGAUUUUGCCAACGGUGCUAUGGAAUCGCGCUACUGUUUCACAAUUCCUUCUCCUGGAAUCUCGUGAGAAGUCAACACUUUUCCAGAUACUGAGGAGAGACAAACUCUCCCAAGUGAACAUAAAUUUUGAGCCUUCGGAGAGAUUAUCUCAGUCUUUCAAAGAAGCCCCUUUUAACUUCCGUGUCAUGGACGAGCCCAAUUCUAAGCGAACUUGCCACGGCCCUUCGGUUACCUCCUCAGUCGAAAACCCUAGUUCCCUCCCCGUGGCUCCAGGUUUCAGCCAGAGCAACAUCGAUUUGACCAUCUCCUCUUUCCUUUCGUUGUCGGACUUGCCUUUGUUCUCCUCGGCGCUCUCCCUUGGCUGCUCCUUCGAUCGAGUACUUGAUAAAGCCAUCUCCUCAGUCGCCAGAACUUCUGGUGAUGGUUUUGAUCAGGAUCGCUUCCUGGAUCGCAGUCUCCAACUUGCAUCGCUUCUUUUCAAGUCCACCGAACGGUGCAUCAGGAAGCGCGCCACCCUCCAAAAUUCCUUAUCAUGGCCUCUCCUUCCUGAACUAACGACUAAGGUCUUUUCAAUGCUUGACACAAAGUCUCUUAUGCAAGCUUCUGCAUGCUGCACAAUGUUCAACAAGUGUGCUAUGGACCGUGUAUGUUACUCUCACAUCGACUUGACAAUGGCUGCCAAACAUGUUGAUAAUGGAGUUGUGUGUAUUAUGAUUCAUCGGGCUGGAAAAGAACUCAGAUCCCUCAAACUUGGUUGUAUUUCUCCCGAAGCUGGAUCUAAAUCGUUGCUUACAAGAUCUUGUCUUGCUCCACUAGGUUUUAAUCAUGGUUUUGCUGGGGGUCUCUUGAGAAGCCUACACCUUUACAAUCUCACUAUCUUGGAUAGUACGUCCGUAUGUGCUGUGUUGUCAGCCUGUUCAAAUCUCACUGAUUUGAAGAUUGUUGGACUUGUUUCAUUUGACAUACCAAAUCCAAUGGAGCAGUUAGCAUCAUUCACGAGACAUUGUCGCUUGAUAGAGCACUUGUUCUUAGAGAACUAUUAUUAUGCAUCAGGCUUUACAACAGAUACACCAGAUUCAAACUUGGUAGAGUUUGUGGAUAAUUGCCCCAACUUAACUUCGCUAACGCUCCGAGGUUUUGGGCUAACUGACGCAAAAGUCCGAGUUGUCAUUAAGAGUUUUGGUCAUCUAAAGUACAUGGAUUUGUCAGCAAUGCCUGCAAUUAGUGGUUGCUUUCUAAGGGGUUUGGGAGAUAGCUGCAGAGACAGUCCACUCGAGACUCUGUUAUUGCGCAACUGCCAUAUUCUAGAGGAGAGAGAAGUUUUGCUGUUUUUGAAUUCACUACUCGCUGGAGACUUCAAAUCGAUUCGGCACGUUGACGUAUCAAGCACACACGGUUUAGUGUCUGUUGGAGGCAAUAUAACUUAUGAACCAAAAUUUCCUAUUGAGGAGCUGAAGAAACAAAGAUCAGGUCUCACGUUUGUGGCAAUAUUUCCAUCAUCACCACCACCAUCAUCAUCAAGCUCAGGAGAGGUAUGUUCAUCCGGCACCUCCUCCUCGGGCACCUCUUCCGGCACCUCUUCCGGGAGUUCUUCUUAUUAUAGCAGCAGCGAUGAGGAAGAGGAAGAAGAGGAAGAGGAGGAGGAAGAGGAAGAGGGGUAGUAAUGUUAUCUUCUUUUUUUUUUGGCUUUGCAAAUCGUAGUUAGAUUCAUAGACGAAUGUGGUAAAAAUGAAUUAGCAUUUCUAAUUUAUUUUUAGUUCUGAAUUUAAUUGAAUCAGACUCUCAAAGCAAUUGGUUUAAUCAAAGUGUAUUCUCUUUAGAAAACCGGCUCAAGUCAAUGGCAUUGUUUUUAGGAUCCAACUUCAUACAAAUAAUAAAACUAUGAAACAACAC